UAAUCACGAGAUCAGGGUCACCUGUGUGACUCCAAUUUAAAAACAUGAAAUAGAGACAAAACCCCGGAGGAGUUGCGCAUGCGCAGAGCGGCAGGACGCUCGUGCAGGCCAACGUUUAGCGGGAUGGCGAGCGUCCAGGCGUCCACGAGACAGCUGGAGAGGAGCACCCACACCGCCUUCAUUGACGGCGACAACACGCUGUUCGUGUGGGGGGGCUUCCAGGCCGGCGGCGGCGUGGACAUCGUGCUGCCCAGCGACGAGAUCUGGCUUUGCGACUUAGACCGCGGCACAUGGCAGCGGCGGGAGAUGGCGGGGGAAACGCCCCCUCUCCUGGUGGGCUUCUGCGGCUCCUACGUCAAGGGCUCGCUUUACGUCUUUGCGGGUUACGACGGACAAACGUACAGCAACCAAUUGUUCAGCGUGGACCUCACGCAGCAUUGCUACAUGUGGAAGAAGGUGCUGGCCGCCAAAGGAACGACACCCUCGCCGAGGAGCAACCACACCUGCUGGGUUUACGGGGACAGGUUGGUCUACUUUGGAGGCUACGGAUGCAAGACCCUGCGAGAGGCGAGAAACAUGGAGUCGUCAAACUUCAUCAUUAGAGAGAUGACCUGGCUCACCAUCGGCGACGCGGUGCUUCGCUGCUGGGGCUGGCACAACGAAGUCGACGUGUACGACCCGCUCAGCAGCACCUGGAGCGUUCCUGAGAUGAAGGGUACGCCGCCGCUGCCCCGAGACUGCCACGCCAGCGCGGUGGUGAGCAACAAAGGUUACAUCUGUGGCGGCAGGGAAAGUGGAGAGUUGGACAUCUACUGUUUGGACCUGGACGUGUGGAAUUGGACUCAAAUCGAGGCCUUAUCAUCCCUCGCGCCGCCGGGCCGCUCCAUGCACACCAUGACGCUCAAUGCGGAUCAGAACCUCUUCGUAUUCGGCGGUCUGGCCGUAGACGGGGAAACGCUCAGUGACGCCUGGCAGUUCGAUACGCUGGCGCGAGAGUGGCGCGAGAUAACACACCCGCACAGGGACAAGCCCAGGGUGUGUCACACUGCUUGUCUGGGGAGUGACAAUGAUGUAGUCGUAUUCGGGGGGAGCAGCAAGUUGUCCAUUGCAAUGGAUUCGAUCACCGUGCUGAGGUGUCCGUCGCAGACUCACAACGGCGACGUGUUGAUCAUCCAGACGGAGCCGUACCCCCUCUCCAGGUUGUGCGAGGACUUCCUAGGAAGCAACGCCAAGGUGUUCUCACAACACCUUGAUAGGCUGCCAGCGACGCUGCGUGCCAAAAUCAACAAGCGAAUCUCCUUCUUCUCAAAGUCACUUGUGGUUACUUAAAGAGCAGAAAUGCUUUUUUAAAUUAUUUUGUGCCACGAGUCAGUUGCUAACUUUACUGUUCGUUCGAAAACGGCAGUCCUUUAUAGUUUUUAACUCCCCAAAAAAACUCCUCCAGUUUGUACAUUUAAGGUCUUUGUUUUAAUAUAAAUGUUGUUCAGAGCAAUUUUAUCUGCACAUGUAUUAUUGAAAUGUUUUUUUGAAUAAAGUUGACUUUGUUGUA